ACCGAGUCUCAAAACACGGUUCUGACGCUCCCUUGAACGAUCUUCCCCUCGUUUGCAUUUUCUCGUUGCGAGAGUCCGCUCCUUCAGCCCCAAGCAUCCCAGUCAUUCCUUGAUACACCACAAACAGCGCGUCUGGUCUACGCGCGAUACCACGCUCUUUGAACACAAAUCACUCGCUCACAAACCAUCUCGUAUUUCAAAAAUGAGGUCAUUCGUAUUUCCCACGGCGGCGCUUCUUGCUGGCCUGAUCUCGACGACGUCUGCGCAAACUCACACUGACUGCUACCCGCUCAACACGACAGGAUGUCCGGAUAUGGAGGCGCUUGGUGGAAACACCACCUUCAACUGGAACAAGACGGGUAUUCCCAAUGACGGCAAGGUCUGGAAGAUGCCCAACCAGGGCAAGAUUGACUGGGUUGAGAAGGGCGCAACCUUUACUAUUGAGCGAUCAGGCGACUCUCCCACAGCGAACUCUGCCUUUUACAUGCUUUUCGGUCGCCUUGAGAUUGUCAUGAAGGUCGCGACCGGAGUGGGAAUCAUCUCCAGUGCUAUUCUCCAGUCGGAAGCGCUUGAUGAGAUUGACUGGGAGUUCCGCGGCAACAACAACUCGAUCCUCACAAACUACUUUGGAAAGGGCGACACAUCGACUUAUGACCGUGGCAAGGAUUACAUACUCGACUUCUCACCACAGGAGGAUUUCCACAACUACACCAUCGACUGGACCAAGGAUCGCAUCGAGUGGUGGGUCGACGACAAGCUGGUCAGGACGCUCACGUCGGCAGAGGCCCGCGACGGAACACGUUACCCGCAAACGCCUAUGAACGUCCGUCUUGGUUCGUGGGCUGCAGGUGACCCAAACAAGAACGACCCCGGUGUCGUAGAGUGGGCUGGCGGUAUCACCGACUUCAAGCAAGGCCCGUACACCAUGACGAUCCAAUCCGUUUACGCGCAAGACUACACAAGCGGCGCCGCCAAGUACUCCUGGGAGGACAUGGAUGCAUCUGGUAACUGGGAAAAAGUCAAAGUGCUCAAGGGAAAAUCCGAGGUGCUUGAAGAAAUCCAAUCGCCACACGGCGUCAGGAACAGGUACAAGGCGCUAUCCAACGGCGCAAAGAUUGGCAUCAUCGCCGGUAGCUUGGGCGGAGCGGCGCUGGCUGGAGUCAUUAUUCUUUUCUGCUGCAUCAAGCAAAGGCGCGCGGGCAGGAAAGAAGCUCAGGCUCUGCUUGCGGAGGAGCAGAAAGAGGCGGCCGAGCUCAGCGAGUACAAGGCGCAGAUGCAGGCUGGGCGGUUCGGCAUGGGAUCGCACAACGUCUAAUAGCCGUGGGACGAGUCAUGUUUUGCGCAUGUGUACAAUCUUUAAUUGGAGGGGGUUUCUUUCUGAUUGGCAGCUUUCUUGAAUACAUCGAGCCUGCUGUUUUUCCUUGUCAUGGUCGCGUUAUGAUUGUUCUUCAUACAUAUAUACCCUUGUUGCU